AUGCUACUAUCGCUCUUGUUACAGUCCUUGGGCGUCGUAUUAGCUUCGGUGGCUGUUGAUUUUCCAGUGGAGGAUUCCGAUGAAGAGAUGCCUGGCAGUUCCUGGAAUCAGUACUUAGGAAUAUGGUACAAGAAUAUUUCUGUUAGGACCGUUGUAUGGGUUGCCAAUAGAGAAAUCCCAUUCCUCGAUUCAUCAAGCGUCUUAAAUAUAAUCAACCCUGGAAUUCUUGCCCUUGCCAAUGGUACUGGCAGCGUCAUUUGGUCUCCCAAUAUGACAGGAUCUACACGGGACCCUGCUGCACAACUGAUGGAGUCUGGAAAUCUUGCUGUGCAAGAUGCCAACGAUAAGUCUGGGCAUUUUCUGUGGCAAAGUUUUGAUUAUCCAUGUGAUACUCUUUUACCAGGCAUGAGGCUUGGAAAGAACUUUGUAACGGGCCUAGAGUGCCACCUCUCCUCCUGGAAGAGCAGCGAUGAUCCAGCUCAAGGUGGGUUUUUUUCUGUUGAACUGUUCCGAGCUGGACCAUGGAAUGGUAUCGGAUUCAGCGAGAGACCAAACCUUAAACCUAAUACAAUCUACAAAUAUGAAGUGGUUUACACAGAGGAGGUGUAUAAUUCUGAGUCAUAAUGGUGUUGUCGAGCUGGACAUGGAUUGAUCCAACACAAGAAUGGGU